CUGCACCAGGACAUAGGGACACCAUGGCCACAAAGUCCCAUCCCUCCCUCACCCCAUUUGGCUCAGCUCUGGCAGGCGCACUGGGAUCAGUCUUUGCAAACUCGUGCGCACCCCGGCUCGCCUCUCGUUAUGUGCUCACCCUAGCUGUAGCCUGGUGUACCCCCUAGACAUUGCAAAGACCCGUCUCCAGGCCAUUGACGACCCCCUAGCUGAUCUUGAGCCUGACGCAGAACCCGACCCUGCGGCCACCCCAUUCGAGGAGAAGACCCAGGAAGUCCAAGACCAGAUCCUUGACGCAAAGGCCAAGAAGCAAAAGAAGAGGGAGCAGAUUGAGCGACUUCGACGAGUUCUGGGGAAGAGGUUGAGAAAGUGGGGAAUGUUGACGAUGUUGUUGAGGAUUGUGCAUACUGAGGGUUGGAAGGGAGCUUUCCAUGGAUUUGGGGCGACUAUGAUCGGGACAUUCUCCAUGCAGUUUGCCUAUUUCUUCUUCCACACAUUCCUUCGAAAGACUUAUUCGGCUCGCCUCUCCUCCUCCACCGCUCACCUUUCGACAUCUACCGAGCUUCUCCUCGGCGCCCUCGCCGGUGCUCUCGCACAGAUAUUCACCAUCCCCGUUGCGGUCAUCGCUACUCGUCAGCAAUUAUGGGACCCUCCUUCCCAGCCUGCCAUCUCUGACAAGCAGGCGUGGCAAGACAACAGUCCGAGCUUGCUCGAUACUGCCCGAGAGGUCAUCCAAGAAUCGGGAAUCACGGGGCUGUGGACGGGACUCAAGCCUUCGCUGGUGCUCACUGUGAACCCGGCAAUCACUUAUGGUGUAUUCGAAAGGUUAAAGACUUGGAGGCUGGCAGCGAAUGCCAAGGCUGGGAGGGGCGGGCCCAAUUUGAGUGCGGCGGAAAGCUUUUGGCUUGGCGCGGCGAGCAAGACGUUGGCCACUGUUGUCACCUAUCCUUACAUCUUUGCUAAGGUAAGGCUGCAGGCCAAAAGCGUCGAGACGGUCCCCCUCGCCAAAGAAAUCCAGAAGGGUGACGCGCCCUCGUACGCAGACAUGGCCAAGAGCUCCCCCUCUGAAGGUUCUACCGUGCUUGUGGAGCACCCUACGUCCCCUUCCCAAGUAGAAGAAGGCGAGAAUCAAGCGAUCAAACCCAUCGAGGCAGUACGGGAGAUUGAGGCCGAGCGCCCCCAUCCGCACCCCCCUGCACACCAUUACAGGGCUGCUAUCCCACUUUUGAAGGCAGUCUAUGCCGAGAAAGGUAUCAAGGGACUGUACCAAGGCUUGGGUCCUCAGAUACUCAAAGCUGUUCUCUGUCAAGGAAUUCUUUUCGUGUCCAAGGACCAUUUCGAGAGUUACGCUUGGAUGUUGAUCGUUUUGUUCUCCCAGCUUAGAGCCAAAGUAGGUAGCAGUCAGAGAUAAUUGAUAGGACAUGAUGCAUGUACGACUACACGC